GGCAGCGAUGGAGUCGGGCGGUGGGGUGGAGAGCGGAGCGGCGCCGGGACCCGGAACCGGAGCAGGAGCCGGAGCCGGAGCGGCGCCUGCGGCCGGCACAGCCACUGGCGUUCCCGUCAACAACAGCUUCGGCAAACCCAGGGCCUUACCCAAGGGCCGUGAGUUUUUCAGAAAUCAGCGGAAAGAUUCGGAGGGUUUCUCAGAAUCACCUGAUUUGGAAUUUGAAUAUUCCGAUAGUGAUAAAUGGGCGGCAGAAUUUUCAGAACUUUAUAGCUACACAGAGGGCCCUGAGCUUCACCUGAACAGGAAAUGCUUUGAAGAAGAAUUCAAGACUCAUGUGAAAGACAAGAAAUGGACCGAAGUGGAUAUCUCAGAACACCAGACCCAUGCCAUGAGAUUGCUGGAUGGCCUGGAGGUAACAGCCCGGGAGAAAAGACUGAAAGUGGCUCGUGCUAUACUUUAUAUGGCACAAGGUACAUUUGGUGAAUGUAACUCCGAGGAAGAGGUCCAGCAGUGGAUGAGAUAUAAUAUAUUUCUGCUGCUUGAGGUUGGCACCUUCACUGCAUUGGUGGAGCUACUCAGCAUGGAGAUUGACAACAGUGCUGCAUGUAGUAAUGCAGUGAGGAAGCCGGCAAUCUCUUUGGCUGACAGUACAGAUCUAAGAGUGCUGCUGAACAUAAUGUACUUGAUGGUGGAGACAAUCCGUCAGGAAAUGGACGAGGAUAAUCUGGAGUGGAGGGCCAUGAGGGAGACCUUCAGAACAGACCUAGGUGUAUCACUGUACAACAAUGAACCAUUUUCAGUCAUGCUAUUUGGGAUGGUGACCAAAUUCUGUAGUGGCCACGCUCCUCAUUUCCCCAUGAAGAAGGUUCUGUUAUUGCUUUGGAAAACUGUAUUGCUGUCACUGGGAGGCUUUGAAGACUUGCAGGUUCUUAAAGUGAAGAAACGUGAGGCCCUUGGACUGCCACCGCUUCCUGAAGACAGCAUCAAAGUGAUCCGUAACAUGAGAGCUGCUUCACCACCGGCAUCUGCUUCUGACCUAAUAGAGCAGCAGCAGAAAAGGGCUCGCAGAGAACACAAGGCACUUAUGAAACAGGAUAACUUGGAUGCUUAUAAUGAGAAAGAUCCAUACAAAACAGACGAUCCUCGUGAGGAUGAUGAUGAGAAUGACGAUAAUGAUAACUCUAUUGAGGCAGAACCGUUUUCUUUGGAAAGGGAAGAGGUUUUACCACCACCAAUCCCACAUCCAACCACUGAACGAUUAUCACUCCCAAAGGGACUGCCUUGGGCACCAAAAGUAAGAGAAAAAGACAUUGAAAUGUUUUUAGAAUCCAGUAGGAGCAAGUUCAUCGGUUAUACUUUAGGAAAUGACACUGAUACUGUUGUUGGACUACCACGGCCCAUCCACGAAAGUAUCAAAACCCUUAAACAGCACAAAUACAUUUCAGUAUCCGAGAUUCAGAUGAAGAAGGAGGAGGAAUAUCUGAAAAAGCCACUCUCUGCGGGGGAUGAGGAGUUUGACCUGACACCUGCUGAAGUUCUGUACCAGGGUAUACUACCCAGUCUACCUCAAUACAUGAUUGCUUUACUUAAGAUCCUUCUGGCUGCAGCCCCGACUUCAAAAGCAAAGACAGACUCGAUCAACAUUCUUGCUGAUGUUUUACCAGAAGAAAUGCCUACCACAGUGCUACAGAGUAUGAAGCUGGGAGUAGAUGUCAACAGACACAAAGAGAUCAUCGUAAAAGCAAUUUCCGCUGUUUUGUUACUGUUACUUAAGCACUUCAAACUCAACCACAUCUAUCAAUUCGAACACAUGGCACAGCAUCUGGUUUUUGCUAAUUGCAUUCCACUCAUUUUGAAGUUCUUCAAUCAGAAUAUCAUGUCCUACAUUACAGCAAAGAACAGUAUUUCGGUACUGGAUUUCCCAUACUGUGUUGUACAUGAACUCCCGGAACUGACGGCGGAGAGCUUGGAAGCUGGUGAUAACAACCAGUUCUGCUGGAGGAAUCUCUUUUCGUGUAUAAACCUCCUUCGAAUUCUCAAUAAACUCACCAAAUGGAAACAUUCAAGGACAAUGAUGCUGGUAGUGUUUAAGUCGGCUCCAAUCCUGAAACGAGCAUUGAAGGUGAAACAAGCCAUGAUGCAAUUGUAUGUUCUGAAGUUGCUGAAGGUGCAGACCAAAUAUCUGGGUCGCCAGUGGCGGAAGAGCAACAUGAAGACAAUGUCUGCAAUCUACCAAAAGGUGCGCCAUCGACUGAAUGACGACUGGGCUUAUGGGAAUGAUCUUGACGCCCGCCCAUGGGAUUUUCAGGCCGAGGAAUGUGCAUUGAGAGCCAACAUUGAAAGGUUUAAUAGUCGCAGAUAUGACAAAAAUCCAAGCAAUCCCGAUUUUGCUCCAGUGGAUAACUGUUUGCAGAGCGUCCUGGGACAGCAGUUGGUGCUGCCAGAGGAAUUCCAAAUGAACUAUGACCUUUGGCUUGAGAGGGAAGUGUUCUCGAAGCCAAUCAGCUGGGAGGAGCUUCUUCAGUAAUUUCCAACUCCAUUCUGUAUCAUAGUCAAUUGUUUUGUAACUGUGUAAUAAAUUAAUCAUUGCCUUCAUGAACUUAGUUAGGUUUUGUAGGCCGAGAGAUCUUAUUGUUUAAUUUAUCACGUUAUCGAUGAUGAGAAUCUUUCCAUCCACUAUGUGUGGUGCUGCAACCGAAUGCCAAGUCUCUAGCAUCUGCUGGAAAGUGCCUCUGUGGACACCGGGUGAGAUAUCGUUGGGUUUGUCAUGGCUCCUAUGGUUAAAUAACUUGCUUAGCUACACAUGGCGAAGUACUUGAUUGAAGUACCAGAGGACAGCCAUAACUCCAAGAAUUGAGGCCUUCAGGAGAGGUGAAAAGGUUGAAAGGGGAAGAAAUUGAGAAAAGUUUCAAGCCACUGGGAAUUAAAUGACUGCUCAUUAACUAGUGAAAAAGUAGUUCUGGCAAAAAGCAGCAAAAUGCUUCUUGUAUUUGUACACUUGUUGCUAAAAUUACCACGAAUCUCAUCCUCUAGGUGGAAAUAAAGAGAAAAUUAGUAGUUGAGCUUCAGGUCAGAUGAAAGA